AUGGAAUCUCAGCCCGGUGCUACCGAAGCCAAUCAACCCAACCGAAAGCGUGUCAUCACAGCUUGUCUGACCUGCCGCCAUCGGAAAGUCAAGUGUGAUCACGCACAGCCAGUUUGUUCACCGUGUAAGAAAGGAAACCGUGUUUGCACUUACACCAGCCCGCAAUCAACUUCACAGUCCUCUCGCCUUAGUGGGAACCGAGUGUCAAGAAGCAACCGACAAACUGGUCAAGACGAUAUCAGGAGUCGCCUCGAACGGUUGGAGCAACUUCUUGAGCGCGCCCUCAGCGGUGGCCCUGCCAUCCCACAACAUCCGGUUGAUACAACUUCCAAUCAGGAGCAUCCACAUUCAAAGCAUCAGGGACUGGGCUCAUCACAGAACCCUCAGUCGGAAACCUUGUCAACCGAUGGUUACGAUGGCGCUUUACUCCUCGACGGCCAGAGGGGUCAAUCUCGCUGGGUAUCAUCUCUUCACUACUCUCUCCUGGCUGAUGAGAUUCGUGAUGUCAAGAUGCUGCUCGGAGGCCUGUCUAGCGAUGCACCGAGAGAAAGCUUGUCGACAAUCCGCUCAGAUUCCCCCUUUCCAUUUUCAGGACCUUCGACGGAUGACCUCAGGAUAUGGGCACCGACUUCAGCAGAUACAUGCUUGAUUUUGCUUGAUACCUUUUACGCUCACGUUGAUCCGAUGACUAGAAUAGUUCACAACCCUACGCUCAAACGACGACUGAUCCAUUCUGACGAUGGGGAGUUUCUGGCCGCUCACUCCGGCGAGGAUAUUCAUACUUUCGAACCAUUGGCGUUGGCUGUCUUCUAUUCAGUUAUCAAUAGUCUUUCGGCUGAAGACGUAUUGUUGCAAUUUUCUGUAGAAAAGGAGGCACUCCUUUCCCAAUUUCAACAUGGCGUGCAAAUUAGUCUAGGGAGAGAGAACUUCUUGACUACACCAAGCAUUGAAGUACUUCAAGCAUUUGUACUGCUUCUGACCUGUCAGUCGCGGGAAGAUGACAUGGCAAAAACCUGGACCCUUUUAGGCCUUGCUCACACGAUGGCGCUCUCGCAGGGUCUCCACAGAGAGCCCUCGCUGUUCAUUUCCACGGGCAUGGACGUUGUUCGAGUUGAGAUUCGCCGCAGGUUGUGGCAUCAGAUAUGCCACCUCGACUAUCGCUCUGCAGAAAGCAGGGGUCAAGAGCCGACUAUAUCAGACGAGGACUUCACCACCUUCCUUCCAAGAAACAUAUCGGAUGAAAAUCUCGCUGGGUUUACCGACAUGACAGUUCACUUGAUCCGUCUGUAUGGUCACCACUGUUUCAGACGAAUCGUCCGAGGCACUUACAAACUUGAAAGGACGACUAAAUCACAAGCCAAGAAUCAUGAUGACACGAACCCAGCCGUCAAGCUUCGGUCGUUAUUCGAUGAAGUCAGAGGCAUGGUGGAUGAAAUGGUCGAUCACUUCCAAGCACAUUAUUUACAAUACUGCAAUCCACAGAUUCCGGAGCAACGAAUGGCAAUUGGACUUGCAACGGUAGUUGAAUGGCGGUGCUGGUCUAUCUUCUGGUUGCGAACGCCAAAACAGUACCGGGAGUUUGUGAUUAUCCCUGAAGUCCGACAAAUAAUGUUAGAGAAAUCCGUCAACCUCAUCGAAAGCCUGAACAAGAUGCCAGAUGAUAAGGACGCCCAGCGGUUUGAGUGGCAUAUUGGUGGCCAUGCAUGUUUCCAGCCAAUCAUGCAUAUUGUCUCCGAGCUUGACAUGCCCGGCUUCGACGUUCCCAACCGACAAGCACUACGGUCACGAGCAUUAGACGCAUUGAAGAAGACUAUGCACACGAGGGGUCGAGAAGUAACACCAAUGUGGAACGCGAUGAACCGUAUCAUCUCAAACUGCCUCGCCAAAUCUGCCUCAAGACACUUGCCGGUGACGCUAUUCCAAGCUGCACGGAUUGACUUCUUGGUGAACGAAACGACUCAAGGACUAGGCUCUUCUGCCACUGAGUCGAGCCCCGCACUGCUGCCCGAUAUGCCAAUUUCCCGAGAAUUUGCAUCAUCAGCUUCAUUGCCUGACUUCACAGCGUUGGGGAGCAUAGAAAUGCUGGAACCUGACAUUAUGUUUGACUGGGGAUUUUGGAACAUUGACUCUGCAGCUCCUGGUCCGUAUUGAAUGUCAACGCUGUUCUGCCUGCCUGAAACAAAAAUAGGCAACCCUGAGAAGACGUUCUGUAUAAUUUAUAGGAGGAUCCCUUAGUGAACG